UUUUAUAUGUCAAUCAAAAUAAUCUCAUUUGAUAUUCAACGUUAAACAAUACAGAAAUAAUGCCAAAAGAAAAGAAGACAAAAGACAAUCAAAAAGUUGAGUCUCCACAAGGAAUUCCCGAUGAAAUAAUAACGCUUCCCAAACUAAUAUCAAAUAUAACAAUUACAAUUAACAGUUGCGAACACCUCAAACCAAUAUAUUCAGCAACUGAUGUAAUAAUUAAGGUACAACAUUUGAAAUCUGAUCCAUGGGAAUCCCCAAGGAUACCAGUAACCGAUGACGAUUACUUAGAAAUAGAUAAAGUUCUUACUUUGUCAACCGAUUUAAAUUCUAAGAUUGAUAUGGACAAUUUAAUUUCAUAUCCAGUGAAUUUUACGCUAAUAGAAUAUCCUGGUAUAAUGGAUCCGUUAAUUUACGCACAAUUAAAUGCGCAAAAUGUACCUCAAGUAGUCGAAGAACCGAUUAUAACCUGUGUAGAGAGUGCAGCAAAUCUUUCAGAUAUGUUACAAGAUCAAAAAAUUGAUCGUACUACCCUGUUACGUGACGUGAAAAAAAAAGGAAAAAAAGACGACAAAAAGGGAAAAGACAAAAAAAAGGGCAAAGAUAAAAGAGAUAGUAAAACAUCGAAAAAAAGCAGUAAAAGUGGUAGUAGUAAAGAUACAGUUAGUUUGAAGCCUCCUUCAGGUCCACAAGAAGUCGGUUACGGUUGUCUUGAUCUUUUACCUUUAUUCCUCGGAAAGAACGAAUUUUCCGAAAAGAUAGUUUUACGUCAACCGGACUCUAUGAACGACGAUAGUAUGAUUCCAAAAGAUUGUUUACCCACCCUUACGGUAACUGUUAGUGUUGAUUCGCCUUGGUAUACCGAGGAGAAAAAAACAAAUGUUUUAAAUUUAACUUUAGAAGCAGCUUAUAACUUACCAAGCAUAAUAAUGACAAAUAUGGAGUACAAAAUAUGUACACAUAUUAUGCGAGAGGAGAAAUUGGAACCAUUUGUUUCAAUUGGAGGCAAGAUAUCAAAUAUAUUGGACAGAGAGAGAAUAAAAUAUUGGCCUCCGAUAACUUCCGAAGAUAUUUAUCUGGAACCAACAAAAUACAGGAUCGAUAGAGAAUGUAAAUCAAUCAGAAACAACAUGGAUAUUAAUUUGGAUGAAUAUUUAAACAAAGAUGUUCCUAGAAUAGAAUGGAAUAUUCUAAAAAGAUUCUUCUUAAAGACAGACGGUACAAAUCUUUUUAAUGAAUACGUCAAAAGAUUCAGAAAAAUUGGCGUAGAAUUCUUGAUAACACCGAAGGUAGAUCAGAGUGUGGCUGAAAAAUCAGGUAAGAAGGGGGCAAAAGAAAAGGGUAAAGAAAAAGGAAAAAGUGCACAAACUGUAGAACCUCAGGACAGUUUUUCAGAGUACUUUCACUUCAUGACCUUUAUAGAUGUAUCAAGUUUACUUUAUCCAGGAGUUAACAAAGUCCGAGUGGUGUGUCCGUUACGUUCGUAUCAAAGUGUUGAAUUUGAGUCUGCGACAAAAGUAAACGACUCAUUUUUUAUUCCCAAGCCCCCAGAAGUAUUACCGACACCGGUGGUGUACAAAGGAGGCAAGGGUAAAGGUAGCGCUAGUUCAAAAGGUAGUUCAAAAAAGGGAGGUUCCAAAAAGGGGGGGGCUGGUGAUGGACCUCCAGAAAAAACCAAUUUAAACAAACUUUUACCACCUCCUCCACUACCUCCACCUGAACCUAGUUUUCCUAUUUUUGAUGAUAUGGGUCGACAAACUUUUAUUAUUGUCGAAAUAGAACUGUUGAAACCAAUAUUUCUUCCGAGGAAUGUGGAAGAUCUUUCAAAUAAAUUGCAAGAGAUCGUGCCUCAACGUCCGUCUCAGCCUAAAUCUGUAAUAGAUUCUGUAGUUUCAGAGCAAGUUUAUAAAGAAACUAUUAAGGAAUUGAUAGAAAACUUGAGUUGCAAUUAUCAAAACUACGUAAUCGAAAAACAAAAUUGUGAAUGUACUUUUGAGGACAGCGAACAGAAUUCCUUCUUGAACUAUCUUAGUAAAGUGGGAUUGUAUCAAGUCUAUUUUAAAUCAAUUACCAAGUCUACUUCUCUGAUUAUAAAGAACAAAUUUCCUUUCAGAGGAGAAGCCAAUUUUGGAAACAAAUUCUUUUUGAAUCAUAUAUCGACUGUUUAUUCGCAUUUGGUUACUGAAAUGAAUGAAGUAAUAAAUAAUGAGAUAACAUAUGAUGUCAACAAAGAAUACAAACCAGCAAAAAAAGAUUUAAAUCAAUUGUUGUAUUAUGCGAAAGAAGCUACUGAACAUAAUGCUUUUGUACUUGCCAGAAAUUAUUAUUUAAAGAGGAUAUGUUCAAAUGAAAGAAAUCCCAAAUGUUGGUAUGAUUUUGCAGUGUUCAAUUUGCAAAUGGAUGAUGAAAGACAAGCAUUUGAAUGCGUCCAAGAGGCAUUAGGUAUUAAUCCUGAUCAUUCUUAUAGUUUGAUGUUUUAUGGAUUUCUAUUAAGUAAACGAGGUCUUCCUGAGCAAGCAGAAACAUGUUUUUUAUCUGCGAUUGCCGGAAACCUAAGAUGGUUAGAAGGAUGGGGUGCUGUUCAUAUAUUUUAUGUUUCUAUAAGUAAUCAAGAGGGGGCCGAUUUUUGUCUUGAAAUGGCUAAAAAGUAUAUAGAAAACGACACAACAGAUUUUGCUGCUGAUUGCGAGCAAGAUUUGUCAUGGACAAUGUCUAUUUGUCCUAACACGAUAUUUUUUAGAACCGCUUGCUUUUUUAUAAAAAUGAGGGCAUACGAAUUUGCAGAGAUAGCUCUUUCGUACGAAAUAAAUAAAAAUUCAGGACUCUGUCACUAUUAUCUGGCAGUAAUAACAUAUCUUCAGAAAAACUAUGAUCACUCUUUAAGUCAUUUGGAAGAGACUAGGAACUCUUAUGGUUCGGAUUAUGCAGUGUUAGGUUUAGAAGGUCACUGCUAUUUUCAACAGAAAAAAUUUGAAAAAGCAAACGAAAAUUACGAACGAGUCUUACAGUUAUUUAACCGUCCAGAAGAUGUUCACUUAAUUUACAUUAAUUCGUCAAUGGCUUAUAAAGCACUUGGUAAUGACACCUCUGCUCUAAAAAUGAUUCUUUUGCCAUGCAAAUUGAGUCCUUCAGCUUACACUUGGCUUAUGGCUGGACUUCAUUAUUUUCAUAAAUACGAUUUCCUUAGCGCUGAAGAGUGUUUUACUCAAGCUAACAUUUACGAUAAUAAUUUAGCUGAAAUUUGGGCAUAUUUAACACUGGUUAAUUUACAUCUUGGCAGAAUUAUAGAAGCAGAUUUGUGCUAUGCACAAACUAUUAAGAACGAUUUAAUCGACGAAGUUUUGCUGGAAAAUGUAAAGAAGGCGAUGAAAACUGUACAAUGAAGAUUACUUCCUCUGUUAACUAAAUUGCUAAUGAUAAAAUAAACCGUUUUACAUCCUUUUAUUUAUCUGAUAGACA